UCUCAAAGCCAAGAUGACCAGUCUCAACGCCAAGGACAAGAACGCCGUCAAGGCCUUCUGGGCUAAAGUUCCCGGCAAUGAGGAGAAAAUCGGCGCAGAUGCUCUGUCCAGGAUGCUGGCGGUGUACCCGCAGACCAAGACCUACUUCUCCCACUGGAAGGACCUGAGCCCCGGCUCUCCCCAAGUGAGGAAGCACGGAAAGACCAUCGUCUGUGGAGUGGGCGAGGCUGUGGGUAAAAUCGACAACCUGACCGCAGGUCUGCUGAACCUCAGCGAGCUGCACGCCUUCACCCUGAGAGUGGACCCCGCCAACUUCAAGAUUCUGUCCCACAACCUUCUGGUGGUUUUGGCCAUCGCCUUUCCCACUGAAUUCACCCCCGAAGCCCACGUUGCUCUGGACAAGUUCCUGGCUUCUCUGGCUGGAGCCCUGUCUGAGAAAUACAGAUAAAUUACAGCGGAAGAAGAAAACUGAAUUUUCAGCUUUCUCUGCUUAAUGAUCAAUAAAUCCCUGGCAAAAACA